AUGGCACUGCAAAAACGAGAGCAAAAACGACAUCGUUUUUUAUUUAAAGAAUUUCACACGUGGGCCUUAAAACCUAAACUCGAUUUGGGGAAAAAAUUAGGGUUCUUCGUGUCGGAGAGAAACAGAGAGAGAGAUCGAAACAGAGAGAGAGAUCGGGACAGAAAUGGAGAUGUAAAGAGAUAUCGAGAGAGAGAGAGACUGAAAUUGAAGGAGACAGUGAGAGAGAGAGAGAAGAUCCGAGAAGAACAGAAGAUAACACGAAGAGAAGAACUUUGGUCGAGUCCAAAUGAGGUACCAAAACGACCAACAAAACCUAGGAAGAGGAGAACACCAUCAAGUGUGAGCAGUUCGCAGCCAGUACCAGCUGCUGAAUCAGCCUCUGAGUUUCCUGCAGCAUCUAGUGCACCUGAACAAGCUAGCUCAUCAGCUCCGCAAGUGAAUAAAGCCAAACGUGGACGACCACUCAAAAUAACAAAAACUGGUCCGAUUCCAAGAGGUGUGGGAAUACUCCAAUGUCCAUACACGGAUCGAGUUUUCGAGGUCAUAAACAACAGAGCUUAUGAUACAUCAGUUCCUCCAGAACCACCGCAAUAA